AUGGCAUCAAAAAGUCCCCCCGGUGGAGACUGUCCUCUCUCCUUUGCAAAGAUUGCCGCUAUGCCCGCACCCCACAACCCACAUUCUUCCUCGGUAUCUGAUGAAAACGAAAUAUGCCAGCCAGCAGAACAAUCACCCUGCUCAGAAGCAAAUGGCUCCGGUGCAGCUUUGCCCAGCCAGCAUAAUCUCGAUAAAACGCCAGAGGCUAGUUCGAUUGAUCUAGCUGUUGACGAUCUAGGGAAAGGCGUACAAGAUAUUGGCCUCGCCUUGAAGAAGCACAAUGAUGGCUCAACUUCCUUCAUUGGUGGCCAAAAUAAUGGCCUGCUCAAGCGGGAGAACUCUUUUGAAGAUGAUCGCACUCAUCUUUCCACCUCAUCCACAAAAAUGACCAACUUCGAUUCCAAGAGCCUUGCCUCGGUGACGACAUUCGCAAUGGAUGAAAAGGACUCUGUACGCCCCGAUGACAGCGCUAGUGUCCAAGCCAUUGAUGAGGAGGAGUCACUUUCCGGAAUUGCUUCUGGGGCUCCAAACUCUGUGGCAGGCUCCGAAGCUGGUAGUCGCGUGUUUCGCGAGCAGUAUCGAGAUGGUAUCCCUACACGCCCACGCGGCAUUUUGCCCGUUCCCCCCCUCUUUGACGGUACCCAGCCGGUGAAUGGUGCAAUCCCCCCAGGUUCAGUCGCAAAUCAUUUCGUGAUUCCAGCCAACUCCGAUGGCAUUGAAGAUGGUCAGAUCUUACAUGGGUUUCCCCUAGAGCCUGAUGAAAAACUUUUAGAGGCAAUGAAAUCGCCGAAAGAUCGUCUCCUGAUCCUGCAACUGGAGGAAAAGAUUCGGUACUUCAUCAAGGACUGCAAUGAGCAAUCCCUGGAGUUGCCCCCCUCGAACGCGUUUGGCCGACUUCUUGCACAUAAACUGGGUGAUUACUAUCACUUAACACAUUUUGUCGACAAUAAUGUGACAUCAGUCAGGCUUCAUCGAACACCGUUCUGCCGGCUACCCACUCCCCUGUCUGCUGUGCAUGCUUCCUGCCAUAGUACUCCACCCCCAGUUGUUCCAGCAAUGAAAAUCAUGCGCCGAAACGAUGGAGGGCAAUUUGAAGGAAGUAUAGGAGGCUCGUCAAACCCUUCAAAAGCCAACUCGGAAGAUGGCGAUAGUGGACCAGAUGGCGAACGCCACGGAUCUUCAUCUGGCGCUACACCCGCUAAAGAUCGAAUGGCUUUGACGAGGGAGGAACGGGAAGCAAAGUAUCAUGAGGUUCGUGAACGAAUCUUCCGUGAUUUCCCCGACAGUGCCAAAUCAGACCCGGCCAGCGGUGACUCGAAUCCCAAUAUGUCGCGCUCCAGCUCAACGAACGGCCGCAAGAAGACCCAGAGGCAGAGAACUCCUCAUGAUGACAGCUUUGAGGUUCGUUCGCAGUUCAACACCUACUAUCUAGGUAUGCAAUAUGGACAUGGUGCUGCUCCGUACAAUGCCCCUGUAAAUGACAGCUCAUACCCAAACCAAGUCCCUUACUUGGUCGGACCUGGCGUGCCGCCACCCUCUAUCGGUUACAUGCCAUCCGGUCAGAAUGGGGCCGUCUACCCUGGACAGCCGAGCAUGAACAUGAACGGUGUUUCUCAAUAUCCAGUGGCAAUGUCGCCCCAGAUGGCCUCCAAUGGUCCGUGGCAGGGAAAUAUGCCACAGCAGUCCCCAUAUUCUGGGUACUCUUCGAUGAACCAGCAGGGGAUGAUAAACCAGCCAUCCUCAAACGCGUCUUCGCCCGCAAUGAACAACUUUGCUGUGCCCAAUGUGGCACCAUAUCAACAAACCCCCACUUGGAACUCGCCUCCUUUUCCCACAACGUUCCAGCAGUCCCCGCACCAGCGGAAUGGACCGCCUGUCCACUGGCCGAACUAUCCUCAGCAGCCAAUGCCUUCCAGUAUGCCAUCUAACAUGAACUCCAACGUGAGCUCCAAUGUGCCAUCCAAUAUGGGCGCAUAUCCUUAUGCUCAAUAUCCGGGGCAACAUAUGAAUCCCGGUCUCCAAAAUCCGGCCGGGUCCCAUGCAGCAAUGCAAGCAGGAUAUGCCAGGUCCCACUUCAACCCCCAGACACGCUCAUUCAUCCCCGGCGGUGCUCCUCCCGGGCGUCACCCGAACAAAGGUCAACACACAAUGCAGCCGUAUGGCAACAUCCAACCUAGUAUCCAAUCGCAAUGGCAGGGGUAUCCGGAACCUAUCCCCAACCGGCCCAUGGACGCAGCCCCGGCUAUGAUCCCCAAUCGAGUGCCUACCGGUCCCCGAGACUCGAUUGCGAAAUGGGGCACGCCAGCUCAUCUUCCUCCCAAACCCCCGCCAUCGGAAGUUCCCUCCGACUUUGACCUGAAAAACCGACCUGCUCCAGCCUCGGUUCCAGCACCAACAUACAGCAGCAAUGGAAUUCCAACCGUAAGCAAUCGACCACUUGUGGUCUCAGGGGGCACAACUGUUUCUAAGCAGAACUAA